AUGGCAUAUACACGCUCGUCCGCGACGCGCCCCAUGGAUUCGCUGACGAAGUCACCCACACCGGCACCUGAGAAGAGGAAUAUAGUCGGGCUUCCCAAGCAAGAAAGCGGCCUUCUGGACCUGCAGGCCGCUACAGGAGAGCAACUGAAGGUCGCCCGUCGCAACCAGCAAUCCCUACUCGUGCGCCUUCCCGCCGAACUCAGGAACAAGAUAUACGGGUAUGCUACCGGCGGCAACAUCCUCACCAUCGACCACGCACGCAGCACAUCUUUUGUCCCACAAAUAUUCACAGCCUAUAGCUCCGCUGAUGAAGUCAGAUUGGGUGUGGAUUUCGGGUGGAGAGGAGGAAAGCGGACGGUGACACGCACUCCGUUUCACCUUCUCACGGGAAGGAAGGUCAUCAGAGAUAAGGGAAUGAUCGCCAGAGUUAAGGGAACGAUACCUAAGCAGACCACAUUGGCAGAGAAGGUAAAGAUUGAGGGUGCGGAGGAAGAUGUGCGAGCUACGACAGCCAAAAUUUGUUUGGGAGGUGGAGUGUAUUAG